GCCAUGCUGCUCUUCCUCCUCUCUGCACUGGUCCUGCUCACACAGCCCCUGGGCUACCUGGAAGCAGAAAUGAAGACCUACUCCCACAGAACAACGCCCAGUGCUUGCACCCUGGUCAUGUGUAGCUCAGUGGAGAGUGGCCUGCCUGGUCGCGAUGGACGGGAUGGGAGAGAGGGCCCUCGGGGCGAGAAGGGGGACCCAGGUUUGCCAGGAGCUGCAGGGCAAGCAGGGAUGCCUGGACAAGCUGGCCCGGUUGGGCCCAAAGGGGACAAUGGCUCUGUUGGAGAACCUGGACCAAAGGGAGACACUGGGCCAAGUGGACCUCCAGGACCUCCUGGUGUGCCUGGUCCAGCUGGAAGAGAAGGUCCCUUGGGGAAGCAGGGGAACAUAGGACCUCAGGGCAAGCCAGGCCCAAAAGGAGAAGCUGGGCCCAAAGGAGAAGUAGGUGCCCCAGGCAUGCAGGGCUCGGCAGGGGCAAGAGGACUCACAGGCCCUAAGGGAGAGCGAGGCGUGCCUGGUGAGCGUGGAGUCCCUGGAAACGCAGGGGCAGCAGGGUCUGCUGGAGCCAUGGGUCCCCAGGGAAGCCCAGGUGCCAGGGGACCCCCGGGAUUGAAGGGGGACAAAGGCGUUCCUGGAGACAAAGGAGCAAAGGGAGAAAGUGGGCUUCCAGAUGUUGCUUCUCUGAGGCAGCAGGUUGAGGCCUUACAGGGACAAGUACAGCACCUCCAGGCUGCUUUCUCUCAGCAUAAGAAAGUUGAGCUCUUCCCAAAUGGCCAAAGUGUCGGGGAGAAGAUUUUCAAGACAGCAGGCUUUGUCAAACCGUUUACGGAGGCACAGCUGGUGUGCACACAGGCUGGUGGGCAGUUGGCCUCUCCACGCUCUGCCGCUGAGAAUGCCGCCUUGCAACAGCUGGUCAUAGCUCAGAAUGAGGCUGCUUUCCUGGGCGUGACUGACUCCAAGACAGAGGGCAAGUUCACCUACCCCACAGGAGAGUCCCUGGACUAUUCCAACUGGGCCCCAGGGGAGCCCAACGAUGACGGUGGGUCAGAGGACUGUGUGGAGAUCUUCACCAAUGGCAAGUGGAAUGACAGGGCUUGUGGAGAAAAGCGUCUUGUGGUCUGCGAGUUCUGAGCCAACUGGGGUGGGUGGGGCAGCGCUUGGCCCAGGAGUUUGGCCAGGAAGUCAAGGCUUAGACCCUCGUGCUGCCAAUAUCCUAAUAAAAAGGUGACUGUCUGUGCCGGGAA